CUUGUUUACAGCAGAGAUUCCACGGAGGAGCGGAGACCCACAGCCUGCUCUAACCGAGGGCGAACCGUAGGAUUUCAGCCUCUGGAUAUACGCGCACCAGGAGUUUUAGUUUUCUCUCCCUUUUUUUUGUGAGGAUAAAGGCAAAACAAGAAACACGCUUAAAGGGCAACUCCUUGGACAUAUUCUCCCUCCCACCCUAGCCGAGGUCGUCUAGCUGGAGAGCUGGAGACCCAUUCUCUUGCGUGGCACAAGUCUGGUAUUUUCUUUCAGCUGCAAAUCCCGACUGACGGCAGAGAUAAGUCCGACCCGAGGAGCUGGAAAAUUGGUUUAAAAAACGACUUCUGUCUGUGGGCCAGGACUGCGCGUUGGGGUUCGUGAGCCUGUGCUGGCUGAAUGGCAUAGGCAAAAAAGGUUUUUCAUUCAUUUUUCAACCUCCCAGCCACCACCCCUGUGGAUCUGGACGUGUUUUCUGCCCCCCCCCCCCCUCCUCCUCCCCCCCUCAUACACAGCCAUUCACACGGGGGAUUCUUGCGAGUGACACUGGUUUAAUUUAUUAUGGUGGUGGAGGCUACUAAUAAUAACAUUUAGUCUGAUAUUUUCAUUGUUAUUACCAGGCCUGAUCGCACUGUACGCGCACUGCUGUUUUCAAGAGAUGGAGACUGAAGAUGGGGAUUACCAUCAUUUAUCCAGUGAAAUCACUGGCAUGUGUGCCAUACCAGCCGACGUCAAAGUAUCCAGUGAUUGGCAAAAAUAGCAGACUGUUUUUGUAUUUUUUUUUCAAAGAAAUUCCCACUCAUAACAAUUUAUACACAUUUAUUUAGUUUAAAAAAAUCCUGGUAGACAAGCAACCACGCAUUUACAGGCUAUCAUAGAGUAGCCUUUUGGGCUACAGACACAUUUAUUUUUUCCCCCUUUUCUUCAUAUUAAGGCUCUUUUUUUUUUUAGAAGCUGGUGUGUAUAACUUAUUGUUUCAUCCCUGGCUUUUUUUUUUAUUUUUUAUUUUUUAUUUUUUGAGGGGAAAAUAAUGUCCAGGAACAUGAGAUCUGACUCACCGAUGGGUAGCCCGACCUUGUUUUGGGGUUUGAUGCUGUCUGUAUCCACUAUCUGCAUGUGGUCCACAUAUGGAGAGAUUUGUGGUCCGAGUAUCGACAUCCGAAAUGAGAUCAGUGAGUUCAAGCGGCUGGAGAACUGCACGGUGGUGGAGGGCUACCUGCAGAUCCUCCUCAUCAACGACAAGACAAACAACAUGCACCAGGAGGUCUUCCGCACCCUCACCUUCCCCAAGCUGACCGUCAUCACCGACUACCUGCUGCUCUUCCGCGUGUCGGGCCUGGACAGCCUCAGCAUUCUCUUCCCCAACCUCAGUGUCAUCCGCGGGCGCAAUCUCUUCUACAACUACGCCCUCGUGAUCUACGAGAUGACCAGCCUGAAGGACAUCGGCCUGUUCAAACUGAGGAACAUCACCCGGGGGGCCAUGAGGAUUGAGAAGAACCCUGAGCUCUGCUACCUGGACUCAGUGGACUGGUCUCUUAUUAUGGAUGCUGGGUUCAACAACGUUAUCAAUGGAAAUAAGAAGGCAAAGGAGUGUGACAAUGUCUGUCCAGGCAUCAUGGAGGAUAACCCUCUCUGUCAGAGGACGUCGUUCAAUGACAACUACGACUACCGCUGCUGGACAUCUAACCAGUGCCAGAAAGUAUGCCCAGAACACUGCAAGCUUGCCUGUACAGACAAGGGGGAGUGUUGCCACAGCCAGUGCCUGGGCAGCUGCACUGAACCCAACAACGACAUGGCCUGCUCCGCCUGCCUCCACUAUUUCCAUGAGGACCGCUGUGUUCCAGACUGUCCCCCGGGCACUUACAAGUUUGAGGGCUGGCGCUGCAUCAACAUGGACCUGUGUUCUCAAGUGCACCUGCCCGGUGACACUCGCUUUGUCAUCCACGGGGGAGAAUGUAUGCCCGACUGCCCCUCUGGCUUCACACGCAAUGAGACUAAUCGUAUGUUAUGCAGUGCCUGCAAUGGCCUGUGUGACAAGGUGUGCACAUCCCUUGUCAUCGACUCUGUGGACGCUGCUCAGUCCCUGAAGGACUGCACUGUCAUCGAGGGCAAUCUGGACAUCAACAUUCGCCGUGGAAAUAACAUAGCGUCUGAGCUGGAGAGCUUCAUGGGAUUGAUCCAGACAGUGACGGGCUAUGUGAAGAUUCGACACUCCCACGCACUUGGCUCGCUGUCCUUCCUCAAGAGCCUGCGUUACAUCAAUGGGCAGGAACUCAUCGACAACAUGUAUUCGUUCUCCGCCAUCAACAACCAGCACUUGCAGUACCUGUGGGACUGGAGUCAGCACAACCUGACUAUUCGGGCUGGACGUCUCUUCUUUCGUCUGAACCCCAAACUCUGCAUGUCUGAGAUCCGCACGAUGUGGGAUAAGACGGGAAUAACUGUGAAGCCAGAGCAGGGUGAUUUCCGUAACAACGGUGAAAGAGCCAGCUGUGAAAGCCAUACCUUGACAUUUAAGUAUAACGACACAUUAAGCCAUAUGAUCAACCUGACAUGGGAGCGCUACAGGCCGCCAGACUACGGAGACCUUAUCAGCUUCAUAGUCUACUACAAGGAGUCCCCUUUCCAGAACAUCACAGAGUUUGACGGCCAGGAUGGCUGUGGGUCAAACAGCUGGCACAUGGUGGAUGUGGAUUUUCCUCAGGAUAAAACCGAUGACCCAAAAGUCAGUCUGCAGCACCUCAAGCCGUGGACCCAAUAUGCUAUUUUUGUGAAGGCCAUCACCCUGCAGGUGGAGGACAAACACAUAAGUGGCGCAAAGAGUGAUAUUAUCUACAUUCGCACACGCCCGUCACUGCCGUCUGUGCCUAAAGACGCCCGCGCUUUUGCCAACUCCUCGACUAAGCUGGUGGUGAAGUGGUCACCUCCGGUCUUUCCCAACGGCAAGCUGACCUACUACCUGGUCCGCUGGCAGCAGCAGCCUGAGGACAGGGAGCUCUACCAACAUAACUACUGCUCCAAAGAGCUGAAGAUCCCAGUCCGGAUCCCAGCGACGGGGCUCACAGACCAGGAAGAGAACACCAAGCCCACCAAGUCAGACCUGGCAGGGGCAGAGAAGGGCCCGUGCUGCGCUUGCCAGAAGACGCCCGAGGAGAAGGAUCGGGAGAAGGAUGAUCGCGUCUUUUUAAAGAUUUUCGAGAACUUCCUUCACAAUGCCAUCUUCCUGCCGAGACCUCCAGACCGUCGACGCAGAGAUGUUUUUGGUGUGGCUAACAACACACUGUUUCAUGAGGGUGCUGGUAGGGGGAACACCACCCUUGGCCCCGGGGAUAACAGUACAGAUGGCAUUCCUCCUAUUAAAGAGUACCCCUUCUCGGAAGACAAGAGCACAGCAGAAAAUUUAGAGAUCCCCAACCUGCGUCCCUUCACAGUCUACCGCAUUGACAUCCAUGCCUGCAAUGAGGAGGUGGGGCAGUGCAGCGCUGGAGCAUUUGUCUUCUCCAGGACCAAACCUGCAGUCAAAGCAGAUGACAUCCCCGGAAAGGUGAUCUAUGAGAGGAGUGAAAAGGUUGAGGGUUGUGUGGUGCUGCACUGGCCAGAGCCCAUCAUGCCCAAUGGACUCAUCCUGAUGUAUGAGAUCAAGUUCCGUCUGGGAACUGAGCCUGAGAAACACGAGUGUGUGUCGCGCCAGCAGUACCGCGAGCACAAAGGAGCUCGGCUGACCAACCUGGGCUCCGGAAACUACUCUGCCCGUGUGCGCGCCACUUCUCUAGCAGGGAAUGGCUCCUGGACGGAGAGCGUGUCCUUCUACGUGCCUCCGCCCAAACGAGACGAUGGUGUUGCGUUUUAUUUGGUCAUCAUAAUUCCCAUCAUAGUGACAGUUUUCAUCGCCAGCCUCACCACGAUUCUCUUCUUUGUCAACAAAAAGAGGAAUAGCGACAGAUUGGGAAAUGGAGUUCUUUAUGCAUCUGUCAACCCAGAGUACUUCAGUGCUGCUGAGAUGUACGUCCCGGAUGAGUGGGAGGUGGCCAGGGAGAAGAUCACUAUGCACAGAGAGCUGGGCCAGGGCUCCUUCGGCAUGGUGUACGAAGGCAUCGCCAAGGGGGUGGUCAAGGACGAACCUGAGACGCGAGUGGCUAUCAAGACGGUCAAUGAGUCCGCCAGCAUGAGGGAGCGCAUUGAGUUUUUGAACGAGGCCUCUGUCAUGAAGGAGUUCAACUGUCACCAUGUGGUGCGGCUGCUGGGCGUCGUCUCGCAGGGACAGCCAACCUUGGUGAUUAUGGAGCUGAUGACACGUGGUGAUCUCAAGAGCCACCUGCGCUCUCUGCGCAAAGAAAAUGCCACCAGCCAGGUCCUACCCCCGCUCAAAAAGAUGAUCCAGAUGGCAGGGGAAAUUGCUGAUGGCAUGGCGUACCUAAAUGCCAACAAAUUUGUCCACAGAGAUCUGGCUGCCAGGAACUGCAUGGUAGCAGAGGACUUCACUGUGAAGAUUGGAGAUUUUGGCAUGACCAGAGAUAUUUAUGAGACGGAUUACUACCGAAAGGGAGGGAAGGGCUUGCUGCCUGUCCGCUGGAUGUCUCCAGAGUCGCUGAAAGAUGGCGUGUUCACUACAAUGUCUGAUGUCUGGUCAUUUGGUGUCGUGCUGUGGGAGAUCGCCACCUUAGCAGAACAGCCUUACCAGGGCAUGUCCAACGAGCAAGUGCUGCGCUUCGUCAUGGAGGGAGGACUCUUGGACAAACCUGACAACUGUCCUGACAUGCUGUUUGAGCUGAUGAGGAUGUGCUGGCAAUAUAACCCCAAGAUGCGUCCGUCCUUCCUGGAGAUCAUCAGCAGCAUCAAAGAUGAACUGGAUCCUCCCUUCAGGGAAAUGAGCUUCUUCUACAGUGAGGAGAACAAGCCGCCGGACACCGAGGAGUUGGACAUGGAGGUAGAAAACAUGGAGAACAUUCCACUGGACCCUGCAUCCGCCAGGCAGCCCUCAGCUGCUGCCGCCCCCUCUUCGGGGUGUACAGGAGGCACGCCGCCUCCUUCUACCCAGCAGUUAUCCCCCAUGCAAGGCCCGAGUACUCCAUUACUGGGACCUAUGUCUCCCUCAUCCCCGGGCACGGUCGCCUCAGCCUUGGCGUCUCCAGGCCAACCCUUGGACAAGCACUCAGGACAUGUUUCGGCCAACGGGCCUGUGGUGGUGCUGCGGCCCAACUUUGACGAGAUACAACCCUAUGCACACAUGAAUGGGGGCAGAAAGAACGAACGGGCGUUACCACUGCCCCAGUCGUCGGCCUGCUGAUAUCAGACCAGCCCCUCCUCCUCCUCUUACACAGGGUAACACAAACCUCUCCUCCAUCUCUUAAGGAGGGAUGGAUGAGGUAAGGAAUGACUUUCUUCUACUGUGUGCCAGUAGAUGGUCUCUCCACUCCUUUAAGGUCAAACUUAAACUCUAAAAACUUAAACAGAAACCUGCUAAAGCAUUUGGAGUUUGGUGGCUCAGACUCGACACUGGGGAACUCCUUCCUGUGCAGCCUGUAUUUCAGUCAUUGUUACCUAAGUCCUUCAAACAAUACAGGCAUGUAUCCUGACUUACAGAUUUAGACAUAAAGAAAAUCAUUUUUUAGCAUAUCUGCCAGCAAAUCCAACAGAGGAGCACUUUUUUCCCUGAUGAUUUCAGAGAGGAUGUUGUGGAUAUCCGAGUGUGUAUUUAUACAAACACAUGAUUCUCUCUCUAUAAUAUGGUAUAACUCCAUUUCUAAAAUGACUUUCCAUCAAAAUGACUUUGUUUCCAUGAGCAGAUUGGCUCAUGCCACGUGAGGAUGCCUCAAUUAGAAAGUUUGGACUAAGAUAAUUGUUUCAUUUUCCUGUUGAUAUUUCUGUGGGUGUAGAUCCUGUCAGGAGUGGGUCGAAAUGGAAGAGGAGGGCCUAUUGUGUAUCUACCAAAAUGUUGCCAAAUCGAGCUUUUUCUGCAAUUUCAUACAGGUCUCCCUUCUUGUUUAAGGCUGUGAUUCAGAGUUGAGAUAGGUUUCUCUGGGAAACAAUACCAAAAUUGUUUGGUGGUGUUCAGACUUCAUGCUUAUCUUUAGCAGUAACUGCUCCAGCAGCAGCUGUGUGGGUGUGGGGGGGGGUGAUAACAGGACAGAAUACAGUGUUACUGUUGAGAUGUGCUGCAUUCACACCUGCAGUCAAAGUUUUCUCAGAAUAUGCAGCGUCUGCAGCGGGGGUGGAAUAAAUGUAACAAGCUUGUGAGGAGAAACACUAAAAUAAGUGAAUUGCAAACAGAGUAUAAAAUCAAGGCUGAGUUUAUUUCAUUCACGAUUUGAAAUGUAAGCAAAGGCAUCUUUAAUAAAAUUUUGUUGAUGUUCUUUCACUCAAUGGACAACAAUAUCAGUAUGAAAUCUUAAAUAAUUGAUAAUAAUAAGUAACCACUAGCAUUACCAUGAUGGCAACAAGAUUUUUUUAGAGGGAUAAAUUACUUUUUGAAACAUUUCAAAGUCUCAUUGGUUCCAGCUCCUCAAACGUGAGGAUCUGCUGCUUUUGUCCAGUGUCAUAGUAAACUGGUCAUAUUUGGGUUUGUGACAGUCGGUCAGUUGGUCAUCAUUGGAAGAUUAACUGAUAAUGAAAAUAAUCAUUCUUUGCGGCCCCCUAUUUUUCAUAUAAUUACAUUAGAAAAACCUGCAUGCUGUUGCUGAUGAUGGGCUUACCAACAUUUUCUGUUGCACCACCCGAAUCCCUUCAGAUCUAAGAAUAACUUUAUCCCUUCAUUUCUGUCAUCUUUUGAACAUCUGAGGGAAGUACACACAUGUGACUUGAGUCAGCCAACUCUGAAUCACAGCCUCGGUCUGUCUUUGUUUUAAUAAAAAAAAAAAAAGAAAAGGAAAAAAAAAAUAGAAACAAAACAUCAAAGCAUCAGAAGUCCCACACUGCAAAACACUGAACUUCACAAUCAAGGGAUACGACUCUGCCUCCACUUUCAUUUACUCAAACCUUAUCUGACAUUUUUUUAAAGUGUGCAUUUCAUGUGGGAGGUGAUAACUGCUAUUCAAUUUAAAUGGCACCAAAAACAUCACAACAAACAAACUGAGUCUGAGACCUGAGACAGAAAAUGAGAAGGUGUUGGAUCGGUAAAGAUUUUAGUAGCCUAGAGACAACUUUUAAGUCACAACAGGUCUCUUUUAGAAUAGUCAUUAGUUUCUCUACAUUUCGAACACAUAUAAAGGUCUUACAGUUGUAUUUUAGACUGCAGGAUCGUUUUUAUACACAUCAUUGAUUUUGUCACUUUUUUAAACCUUUUUACGGUUCAAAAUGUUUGCCUCUAUGUCUGUACAGAACAAAGCUGCUAUUUUAUUCUUUUUCUCUUUUGGAUGUUAUAUAUAAAGGAAUCCUUCAGGUUUGGUAUUUUAUGGUCUCCACUACAGUCCAUUUCUUAUAUCUUCAAACUCUGUUUAAAAAAAUAAAAUGAAAAUAAAACUACAAAAAAUAAGAUGAUUUAGAUAUAAAAACUUUUUUUUUCUGUUACCCCAAAAGGUUUUUCUGUAACACUACAUUUUGUUCAUUGCCUUUUAUUGUUAUGAAAUGUUUCUUCUGUAUUUGUUUUGUGGAUGUCUAUAUUAUUAUUAUUAUUAUUAUUAUUAUUAUUAUUAUUAAUAUUAUUAUUAUUAUCAUUAUCAUUAUUAUUAAUAUUAUCAUUAAUUUUAUUAUUUGGAAUGGACACCUUAGCUCGAUGUGUGAGCGUGUACUUUCUGCACCCUUUUUGUACUUGUUGUCUCGCACUGCGCCUAGCAUUGCCCUCUAGGUGCGACUCAAUCUCAGGUCAAAGUAAAGGCUUUGCUUUCUCCACACAUUCUCAUGAUCGUCCUCUACUUGUCUAACCUUGUAAACCCCCCGCCCCACCCCACCCCACCCCACCCCACCCUACCCUCCAUGCGCCAUCAUCAUGUUUUGUUGAGUCCAAUAGUGCCCGCUUUCCUUCCCUCUGGCCCCUCACUGACCUCUACGACAAACUGUACCCGUUUUCCCCCUGGUGCCUCCUUUUUAAAGUCGGAUUUGUUCCGGUAUACAAGAUAUUUGCUUUAUACUAGAUCUGGUAUUUUAACCCAUCCAUUUCCUGCCUCUUCUCAGAUUAAUAGGGCUAAUUGGGUUGUGUCUUGUUUGCCUUAAUUAUGCCAACCAUCGUUCAGUCAUUCAAAAUCUGCCCAUCCCCCCUCCUCCCUUUUUUAAAUUCUUUUUUUUUAUUACUUCAACAAGCGCAAUACAACGUCACUUCUGUUAAUGUUACUUCUUCAAAGUGAGAACAGGUCUUAUUGUUUGUCUUCAUAAUCACAGCUUCUGAAAACCAAAUAAAGGAUGGGUUAAAGUCCAGGGAAGGGAACACAUUUCAAUGUAAUGAAUGGAAAAGGUCUUAAAAUGGAGGCUGAAUAGUGAAAGUGUUUUGAAGGAUUUCUUCUCAUCUUUUAGAAAUAUUGCCUGGUGAUUUUCUUUCCCUCUUUGAAGUUUUUUUUUUCUGUAGGAGUGUUAUUUAUUUAUUUUUUUUAUUUUCCUUUUGUGAUAUCAGUUUAAAUCACUGUAUAAAUGCCCCAUGAUUCAGUAUAAAGUUGGAUUUUUUUGUAUGUAUUUUCUUUGGUGUCAUGACUGGGGGACUUAAAAAAACAACUUUUUUUUCCUUCAAGUAUAUAUCUACCUCACUCUUUUUAAAUAUAUGUAAGCGUAUGGAAAACAAGUACAUCUCACUCUUUCUCAUUAGUUUAUAUAGAAACCUCAUCACCUGGAUAAAACCCACAGGGAUCUAGACAAACCUCAUAAAGCAAACUAGGACAGGAGAUGGAAUUUAGGUGCUGUAGGUUCAGUCCACCAAUUUCUGGCCCAGUGGUUUACGUAAAGUACAUUUAUUCCUCUGAGCAUACAAAAGAAAAAAGGACUGUGUGCUGUGGCCUCCAAUAAAUUCAAUUUGUUGUUGCAUUAUCUAUUGAAAUAUAACUCAAUUAAGUCAGCCUACACGCUAAUUCAACUGGGUUUACAGUGUUAUAAGGCUUAGAGCAGGUGCAGUACAGCAUGUGAUAAGACACGAGGCCGGGGCAUCAACAUCAGACAUUCCAUCUCCUCUGACUCCAAACCUAUUGUCACAACCUUAAAUCCUCAACAGACAGAAACCUUUUAUCAUCUAAAAUUAAUUUAUAUAGAAGUCUAAACAGUUACCAUGAGGAAUAUUUAAAAAGGGAAAAGUUUUAUUGACCUCCAAUUAAAAGUAAAUAAAUGUAUCUGCUGUUCCCCUGCAGCCUGUAAUAAUGCAGGUUACAGCACAACUCCACAUUUUCAUCAACUUUAGUUUAUUCCAAACAUCCAGAUCACACUCUCAAAAAAAAAAAAUACAUUGAGUAAUAAAUAUGGAUCUGUACUGUGAAUGUAACAAAGAUAUUUCUGUACUUUCUACACAAAACCUUUAUAGAGAUAGCAGCAACUCCACCUCCUACAUGUUUCUACCUUCAGGCUUAAAUGAACAACAUCAACAGUUUGUCUGUCAAUGUUUAGUCAAAGCAGCAGACGAAACUUUGUUCUUGUCAAUAAGAUUAUUAGAUUUGAUUGUUUUUUUUUUGUUUUUUUUUUACCCCUCUUUAUGGCUAUGUAAACGCCAUUAUCUCCCCUGUCUACCUGCUGAAUGCUAUGACCUUCUAGCUCUAGUGCUCAUUUCCACUAUCAUCAGGGUGAAUCUCUUAGUGAUUUUAAACUCUACACACCUUUUUCUGGCCUGUUGUACUGCUACUCACAGUUAUGCUGCUGGUUCAAAAUACUGUCGCCUCAGUGGAUCUUAUACUGUCAGCAAGUGUUGAGUGUAAAGGUGGCAACGGAGCUUUUACAUCUCAAAGCUUCACGUAAAAACCUCAGUUCUACUUUUUACUCACAGUGGCUACGUGUCGAACGUUGUCUCAGUGCAAGGGCUUCUGAGCCAGAGGUGUAAAAUAAUUAGAACAUCUGUGCUGAGAUGAAUACCCAAAAGCAAUAAAAAAUGGUAUUAUGAACAGGCCACUGGGUAAUUUCUAAUGUGAAAUCUGGGUGCUCAAUCUAGGUUCUUCUUACGCAUUUUAUCUGUGCAAGAUUGAAGAGAAUAACAAUCAAAGAGUGAACAAUCUUUUGGUUGAAAAACAGUGCGACUGCUGCUGAAUUAUUACAUUGGUACAGAAAUCACCACUGACAAGCAAACAUCUUGUGUAGUUACUUAACAUAUCUGUGCAUUAAUGUUUUUUUUUUCCAGUUUGGAUGUAUGUAAUGGUAAAAUAUUUCUUAUAUAUUUCAGCUUUUCAGUACUGGUAGUAGACAUUACAUUGACCUGUUGUGAGGUGAAUUGCUGUUGAAUUACUGGUUACCAUUAGAUCACAAACCUGUCGCAAACUACAGCAUUUAAACAAGCACGUGGACAUACAGUAUAUAGGACAGGGAUGUUGCAUAGAUUACGGGUAGACAUGGUGAAGAGUAAACAACAUGAUUAGAAAAAAAAAAAAGAUAGGCCUAAGUUUACAGCUUCACACUAGUUGCUAUUUUUUUGCAUUACCAGAUUUCCAGCGUAAAUACACAGUCACUAACUAGAACACAUUCAACGUAGUCAUUUAUAAUGUUAAUUCUUCAGAAUGUUCUUCAUGCAAACCUCAGGUUUAUGGAGGAAUGCGUCAGUACAUUCAAACUGCAAUAAUAAGUUUGAGGUUUAUCAUGAUCAUGCCUCUGUUUUUAUGAUUUGCAUUCCUAUAUCUUCUGAGGGGGCCUUGGUCUACUACUAUUAUCUUAUUAUAAUACUUUCACAAGAUCUGUGUGUUCAUUACCUGAUUGGGGAAAGAAAUAAUCAAAAACCUUCACUAGACUCUGUCUUCUUUCAAACUCUGUAUCUGAGGCCUCAAAGUUUUUUCACACCUAUAGCUGAGAUGGUGUAUUUUUUGACAUGCCAUCUUCCAAAUGUGUAUCUGAGAAUUUCUUGUAUUUUCUUUUUCUUCUGAAAUUUUGAAUAAAUAAAUGAAUGAGAACUUUGA